AGCACAACCCUCAAGAUGGCGCCCAAACUCACAGAAGAAGAGAUUGAUGAUCUCAUCUACUUUGCUCGAGCCGGCGAGCAGCAGGACUUGACCGAGACCAUCAAGUCUCUGGCCGAGCGGGAGAAGGCUGACCCCGCCGAGAUUGUGGCUGCUGCUCAAGAUGAAGCCAAGGCUACUCCUCUGCAUAUGGCAGCGGGAAAUGGACAUUUAGAAAUCGUCAGACAACUCAUCCAGUACUUUGACAACCGGCCAAAGGAGCAGAAGCAAGCCUUCCUGGACGAGGCAAACGAGCACGGCAACACAGGUCUCCAUUGGGCAGCCCUGGGUGGACAUCUCGACACAGUCAAGCUGCUUAUGGAGCAGGGUGCAUCCCCGGCGCUGGCAAACGAGCGGGACUAUGUCCCCCUCGAUCUCGCUCUCUUCAACAAGAAGGAGGCAGUGUCUGAUUUCUUCUUGGCUUCGAUUCGUUCUAUGGAGGAGGAGAACAAGGAGGAGGGUCUGAAGGAGGAGGGUACCAAGGGAGAGGGUUCCAAGGAGGAGUCUGCGGAUAGCAAGGACAAGGACGUCGAGAUGACCUAG